UCCAUUGUAAUAGCAUUUUUGUUUUAAAGACACUACACACAUUGCUGAUUUACCACUGAAUCUUGUUAAAGUUAUAGAUUUACAGUGAUAAUUGAAUUAAAGGGAAUAAUAGAAUUGCUUUAGAAGAUUCAUUGGCAUCAUUUUUUGACAUUGGACAAUUGUUAUUGUUGAGUAUUUUGCGAAGGUGCUUCGAGUGUGAAGGAAAUAGUUGUCUACAGAAAUAUUACACACCCGUAAUUUAUUCUUUUAUUUGGCACAAGAGAAAGUGAGUAAGAGAUAUUCGCAAAGUGGUGCCACUUACGCGACAUUGUUGAAAAUAUUCGACGACGACGAGAAGAAAAAAGUUAACGGCGAGCAAAAAAGUCAGAGCGAAGAAGGUGGAACAAAAAUAGCAAAAGUCCACAAUGGCGAGCACCGGUGUUGUGGUUCCGCGAAAUUUCCGCUUGCUGGAAGAGUUGGAUCAAGGCCAGAAAGGCGUUGGAGAUGGCACGAUUUCAUGGGGCCUCGAAAAUGACGAUGACAUGACAUUAACACACUGGAUCGGCAUGAUAAUUGGCCCUCCUAGAACACCCUAUGAAAAUAGAAUGUAUUCCCUAAAAAUUGAAUGCGGCGAUAGAUAUCCUGAUGAACCGCCCGCAAUACGGUUUUUAACAAGAAUUAAUAUAAACUGCAUUAAUCAGAGCAACGGUGUGGUUGACCAUAGAUUAGUACCCAUGCUAGCCAGAUGGAAUCGGGAAUACACUAUAAAAUCAAUGCUCCAAGAAAUACGUAGAAUCAUGACUUGCAAAGAGAAUCUUAAAUUGGCGCAACCACCAGAAGGCAGCGUUUUUUAGUUGAUCACCUCAAUUGUCGUCACUGACAAUUCAGCAACAGCUGCCGCUACUGCCGUUGCCGCUGCUGAUGCUGUCGCCCUGCAGUUGCUGUCAUCAAAGUUGCCGAAAACCGAAGUCAUAAAUGUUCUACGUAAACGUCGUCGCCGUUGUAUAAGUCGCCACCACUUGAACGUCUUCUCAUCUGAGAACAUGUUAUUAUUAUUAUUAUUAUCAUUCUCUUAAAUUUAAUUAAACAAGUUGAACCGAAAAUGGAACCAUCAAAGAAAUAAAGUAACGAAAAUAGUAAUAAUAAUAAGUGGAAGAAAUUUAAACAAAUCUAAAAUAUCUAAAACAAAAAAAAAAAACAACAAAAACAAAAAGAAUAACAAGGCGAAACGUUGAGCAGUAGAAAGUAGGGGAAAAGAACUAUAGUAGUAACGAAAUAUGCAAAGAAACAUAGCAACUUACGAAUUCAUUAACACCAUAAACACUAGUAUCACACGCCUAUAAUACACACACGGCCGAGGAAAACAACUGCAUAACAUAAUUAAGAUUAUAAACGCAUUAAAUAUUUAUUAAUUAAUGAAAUAUUAACUUGAACAAUAGAUACAGAGGAAAAGCGUAAUAUAUUCAAUGUGCUGCAAAGAAAUUAUGCAAAGUAAGGAAAUGAAAUAAAGUAGCGAACGAUGUUAACAUUCAAGCGCGCCAAUGAGCGUGCAUCUAAAUGAAGCUUUUUAACAUUGAAAUCAAAUAGCACCAGCAGUAAAGUACCAUUCAUGGUGCAACACUAAGAGCCGGCAAUUUUCCGAUAGUGCGGCAAAGCUGCUGCAUAUAAAUUUGCUUUUAUUUUAAGUUCUAUUGAUUCGCACUGAGGGGUUCUCUUAAAUAUUGAUUUCUUAUAAUUUGACGUUUCACGUUAUAGACACUUUUUUUUUUCAAAUACGUUAAAUUUUUUCUCUGCUUACAAAAUUUAGAUAGAAUUUAUUUCAUUUCAUUCUUAUUUGUCUCCUUCUAGCCCAUUUUACUCUGAAUCGUGGGGGAAGUAUAACACUCAGUUGAAGACUACUUAAUGAAGCGUAAAUUGAAUGUAGAAUAAAUUACAUUUCCAUUCAGCUUCUAAAAGAAAAUGUAAAUUUCUUGAUUAUUUUCCUUAAUUACUAUAAAUAAAAUAAUACUUAAAACGUAAAUAAAUGCAUUAAAAACAAUACCUAAAAUAA